AUGACCGAUUCGGGCAUUGCCAUUCGUGUCUAUGUUCCAACCAAUGUUCUCCUCGGUAGCACGUUACCUUUAGGAGUUUUUGCUCAUGGGGGUGGGCAUGCUGCGGGAGGCAUGUGUCGAUACAUCGCCCACCAUAGUAAUGUCAUUAUCGCCCAGGUUGACUUCCGCCUGGCGCCGGAAUACCCGAUCCCCACGCAGGUCAAUGACUGCUUUGAUGCUUUUAUAUGGAACCUGGGAUAUAUGGUGUGUGGUGUGGUCAUCCUCUGCCCCGCUCUUCUUCAUCCCGACUUUGUCCCUUCCGAAUAUCGGUCCAUGUUCCAGGCCUAUAAGCAGAACUGGAAGGGGGCUCCGUUGCAGGACGGAGAGAGGCACAACAAUGACACCAUCCAGUGCAUGAAUCCCUAUGCAUUCCCAUGCUUGCACCCAGGCAUCAGACGCUUGCCUCCGACUUACCAGGCCACCUGUGAGGCGGAUCCGGUUCGCGAUGAUUCCAUGGUACUGAAAUUUCAACUGGACCAAGCCGGGAUCCCCAACAAGUCGGAUACCUACCCAGGAAUGCCACAUUACUUUUGGCUUUUCCCACAGCUUUCGAGCUCAGAGGUCUUUCAUCAGACUGUGGUAGAGGGGAUCAAAUGGGUGUUGAGUCUGGUUGGGAUGAAACGAACGGAAGGAAGUGUGCCUUUAUCGUAGAUUGUGGAG